UUUCAUGUAAUUAUUUUGAAUAAGUUGAAAAUUCGCAGACAUUUAAAGCUGAAAUUGUUAAUGUUGAAAAAUGAAUGUUGAAAUGAGUGUGUGACGUGUCGUGGUCAAAAUUAAUAGCUUGUUAAGCUUUAGGUUUAUGAAUAUUUUUGUUACUAAAGUUUUAGGUAGAUCUAGACAGAAUAGAUCAUGAAAUGAUGUUAACUUUUUAUUCAAAGUCAAUAUUUGUUAUUGUGUUUUGAUUUUGUGUGUAAUAUCAGAUUAGUGGUUGCAGACUGCAAUUGAUGCAAGUCUCGUGAUGCUACAUAUAACUUCAGGAGCACUCGAGUCAAGGGUUCAUUUACAUGCCUUCGCACACGGAAAAAUCAAGCCAUAAUCAUAGAAGUCAUGUGUUGUGGACGGCAGAAGUGGCAUCGCACACGCGUGACCCACUAAUUAAAAAUCCAUGUUGGCCAGUCCAGAACAUAAUGGCAUCCUCAUCAGGUAACAUGGACCAGAAGACUGCCAAUGUCCUGUUUGAGGAAGGUGCUGCUCUGGUCCUUCUCAACGUCCCUCCUGGGACAGAAUUUGGCAUCGAUUACAAUUCCUGGAACACUGGCAACCGGUUCAAAGGAGUCAAGAUGAUCCCACCCGGGGUGCACUUUGUCUAUUACAGUGCUGUGAACUUGAAGAGCAGAGACUGCGCACCAAGGACAGGGUUCUUCCAUUGCUUCAAACCUCGGGAGAUUGUCAUCAAGAGAUGGGAUGGAGGGAUUGAAGACUUGGUAGAUGUGAAAGUAACUGAUAGUUCCGAUCAAGAUGAGAAAGCUCAGCUUCAAGAAAACGACCCAUUCCUCGGAGCUUACCCUUAUGAGAGCCUGAAACGCUGGGUGUCUUUGACUAAUCUUAUCAGUGAGGAUACGGUUACGCGAUUGUCGCCGCUGAGUGGAAAGAUUGUAUCAGUGGCCCAGCUAGUCCCUGACAUGGCCACCAGGACAACGGCAGAUCGGAAACUGAUGGCAGAAGCCAACAAAGAACUCCUGAAGAGCAAGAAUCCUGAGGAUCACCUUCCUCAGAUGCAUCGGAAAGCAGGAACAGAGAUCAGGUUCUCCAAGAUCUCCAAACAGAAUUACCCAGAGGGCGCAACGCCCAAAGAGAUCACCAAGUACAGCCUUGAUCACACCUUCACACUGGACAAGCUUCUGUUAGAGAACUAUCCUACAGACUCUCAGGGUCUCCUAGCAGAGCUUCAGCUUGCCUUUGUCUGCUUCCUUAUUGGUCAAGUUUAUGAUGCCUUUGACCAAUGGAAGAGGCUUGUCCACCUUCUCUGUUCUUGCAUUGAAGCAAUGUCCACUCACAGUGAACUCUAUUCCACACUGGUCAGUGUCCUGCACUUCCAGGUCAGGGAGAUCCCAUCAGAUUUCUUUGUGGACAUAGUAUCCAGCAAUAACUUUCUCACAGUGACUCUCAGAGAUUUUUUCAUGAAUUUGACUCAGUCAGAAGCAGAGGGAGCACUGAAGGAGAAAGGCAGGAAGUUCAAGAAGAACCUGACCAAACAUUUUACUUGGGAUUUUGAUGAAGAACCAGAGGAUGAAGCCCCUGUUGUUGUCGACCUUUGAACUUUUAAUUACUCUGUUAUACGGUUGAAUUUCUCUUUUAGUUAACAUGUAUGUGUGGUCCAAUAUCAUUUUAGGCUCAUGCCACAUUUUUAUCAAAUUUUAAGUUCAGCCAGAAUACAGAACUCCAGUAAAUCCUUCCAUUUCACAUGAUAAUUCAUAGCAUGUAUGAGGCGCUGAUUUAUCUAAUUUCCUAUUCAAUGGGACACUAUAUAUUACCCUGGCUGUAGCUCCAGCUGCUAAAGGCGCUUGGUGCAUUCAAGGAAUUAAUCCUGCCGGGUAUCCAUUUACCUCACCUGGGUUGAGUGCAGCACAAUGUGCAUAAAUUUCUUGCUGAAGGAAAACACGCUGUGGCUGAGAUUCGAACCCGUGUCCCUUUCAUUGAAAGACGAGAUUCGUAACCACUAGACCACGACGCCCCUAAAUUUAUUUUUGAUCUAUGAUUUCUACAGAGCUUUUUACUAACAUUAUUUUUCAUCUGACAAAUUUUCAGAUCUGACAAUUUUAAUUGGUUUACAAGCACAGGUAUCUGACUGUUACUAUGCCAUGUGGUAACUGUCAGAUAAAUCUUCUGACGUGUCCUUCAUGAAAGGCUCCCAGGGAAAAUGUGUACGCUUGUUUUUAAAUGUGUAUUGGUGAUACCUGAAGCCUAUUUGAAAACACCAUGACUGGGUAAUAAUCAUUUGUCAAAUCCAAAUUAGACAACACAUGUUUCAGUGAGGAUAUUUUUAAUAGAUUUUUUUUUGUCCAUUGAAAUUUUGUAAUAAAACGCGCUGAAUGUUUUUAACAGACUAAAUAUACCAACAAUGUGUCAGGUUUUUAAUUAUGUGGUGAUCAAAUUCUCCCAAUAAGUUCUAAUCAAAUUUGUUGAAGGAAUAGGCUUAAUUUUGUAAAUGAAAACAGAAUUGUGGAUGUUUAUUUUCUUGAGAACUGAUUCUGAUAGCGUAUCAAUAUAUAACCUGUACCUUUUUAUUACCGAGUGUAUUUACAAUAUUACUAGCUGCUGAUGAUCAGUGACUUUGUGUUUUUAAUGCACCACCUUUUAACUUCAAUUUCUAGUCAAAGCCUUAAUAUCCUGCAGUACUAGUAAUUCUGUUUUACACUCUGAGACUUUGAUUAAACUUGUGAAUUACAUAAUGCAA